GGUAGCCAAUCAGCUUCUAAAUUCAACUUGUUAAAAAAAAUCUUUGAAAACAAAACAUACUGGAAGUUGGUUGGUUUCUGUGCAGAACUGCACCAGAUUUCACACUCUCCAGUUUUAGUAAAUCAACCCCCAUAUGUCCCUUUAACCUCCCUGGCGGUAUUCCAAAGUGUAGCUCAGGGUAAAGUUUCAGUACCACAAGAGGUAACCCCGAGCUACACUCAGGCUUACCAUGCGGCGCUGCUCCGCGAUCCCUCGAUCACUUACCUUGUCCUGCGCUCCCGCGAUGUCCCUCCUGCAGUGUCCCCGGCAAUGUAAUCCGGCGUUUGCCGGCAUCUGUCAUCUGGGUUCCAUCCCCUGCGACGUCGGGACGUACGGGGAUGGAAUGGCGGGAAAUUUGAAAAUGACAAAAAGUGACAUUCACUAAAAUCGCUAA